CAAUCACAGACAGCUGUCGUUACAAAUCGGUUAUGAACGAGCCAAUUGCGUACGAGAUGACCGGAUCGUGUCCCGUCAGCAGAGAUUCAAUGAACUGAUCAUUGUUAAAUAAUGAAAACGCGUGAUUCUUCCCCACCAUUGCACGUUCACGUGCCAGAGACCACACCUGUACAUGUACACCUGAAGAGGAGGCAGAAGAGCUGUACUACAACGACACCACAGAUGAAGAUUAAAGAGGUGCAAAUCAAAGGGGAUAUUGGGAACCUGCGUGCCAGAGCGAGGUCCCGGGCACCCUGGGUGCUGGCCCCAGGAAGAACCUCCACUCGGGAUGACGCAUACAAGUGGGAGUUGACUGACCUGUCUGAUGAGGAUAAACAAGAACAGAGGAUGCAUAGCCAGUGUAACAAAUAUAGGAGGAAGAUUGAUGGACUCAUGAUGGAUGUUGGGUCUCCAAAGAAUGACGUGAGGCUGUGGAAGAAGGAGCGUAUGAUGGAGCACCAGUUAGAGUGUCUGAGCGCAUGCCAGCGUGUCAUCGACGAGCAGGAGGAGGAGCUGCUGGAUGCCACCAAAGAGCUGGACCUCAGAGAACGAGAGAAGAUCUCCAUCCAACACUCCCUAAGGAAGAGGGGCGAAGCAGGCUACAACAGUGCUUAUUCGGGGACUCUACACGGGGAAAGAUACAUGCUACUGAGGAAGCUGGUAGAAGCGGAGUUUGACGGGGUGGCAGUGGUCACACAGUUGACAGCAUUGAAUGAGUCCAUGGGUGGUGUGAAAAAGGAUAAGCGGUUGUCCAAGGCGGACGCUGCCCUGCUUGGUAGGCAGCAGGAGCUGCUGACAAAGAAAAUAGAAACAUUUGACAGCACAAACCGCACUCUCCAAGAACUCCUCAGGGAGUGCCAUGAGCGAGAGAUAGAAUCAUUGAGGACAUCAGAGCAAAGGCAAGGCAUACUGAAGAGACUGGCGGACACAGAAGCAGAAAAAAAUCAUCUUGCUGCAAAACUCAACAACAAAGAGAAGGAAGCCACCCAGCUUGCAGUACGUUUGGAUUCUGAAAAGGACAUUGUGAAGACCACAGGAGAGCUGUCUAAAGUUCUGGAGUCAACCUGCAGCCAGCUUAUUUUUCAGUUACGCAGCAAAGAGACUGAAAAUGACCGCCAGGCCAGCCGGAGUAAAGAGAUGGAGCAGACCCAGGAGCAGCAGAAGGAGGAGAUACAGGCCCUGCUGGAGCAGCUGAAGCGACAGAGUAAAGAGGACAAAGAGAGUCUGAAGCAGGUCAACCAGAGGCAGAGGGCAGAGCACAGUGAGGAUUCAGCCAGACAUCUCUCUGCACAGCUGCUGGAGAAGGUCAGACACUCACUGGUCCUCAGGCUGCUCUCAUGGGUUGACACGUGGUGUUGGGAGACUGAGUUGGCAGAGGCCCUUACCUCAGCUGAGAGCUGGUGUACCCGCCACUCGAAAGAGGUGACUGUUAAGAGCCAGCUUGAAGUGGAAAUCGCUGUUUUCAAGAACCAGGUGAGUGAGCUGACUGCACAGAUCCACACUGUGGAGGAGAAAGGCCAUCCAGAGAGGGAGGGGCUCCUGGACCAACUGCACCGCCUCACCUCUGACAACUCCUCCAACAAACUACAGAACCAGAAACUGAAGAUCACCCUGUCUGCUGCAGAGGAGAACCUGAUGCAGUCCCAGUCUGAAGUCCAGCAGCUGAAGAGUUCAGUCAAGAAGCUAGAGAGCCAGGUGGAAAACUAUAAGCGCAAGGUUCAGAGGGCUCGAUUAGAGUCAGAGGAGUACUGCUUAAAGCUGGAGAUCUCUGAGAAACAUGCACAAGGGAUGAAGGCUGACCUGGAGAGGGAGAUUGAGCAGGUCAGGAGGCAGCUGCUGGGGCGUCUGAAAGAGCUGGAGCCUCUGCCUGAGAGGCUGAAGCGUUCUGAGCUACAGUUGAGAGUGGCCCAGGAAGAGACACAGACUCAGGAGAGGAGAAACACUGAGCAAAACAAUGCCCUGUCUGAACUCAGACACAAGGUGGAACAACAGGGAUGUUGGGUGGAGACUUUUCAAGAGAAUAAUUUUCUUCUGGUGGAGGAGCACAAAAAUCUGCAGCAGAAGAUAGAGAGUAUAGAGAGGAAACUGGAGGAGGCAAACUUGCAGAACAGAGAUAUGGUCCAUGUAAUCGGCAAGCGGGAGGAGACCAUCUACAGCACCCAGAAACAGCUGGAGGAGCGGGCCCGGGAGUGCAGCAUCCUCUCCAAGCAGCUGGAGCAGGCCUUCGAGGAUGGACAGAGAGAGGCGGAUCAGAGCCUGGAGCAGGCUUUAUUCAAAGAGAGGUCCAUCCAGACCAAGGCUCUGGACCUGGAGAGCCAACUGGGCCUCAGAAGGACAGAGCUCAGUCAGUUACGCAGAAGCAAAGAGGAUAUGGKGCGACGAUUCCAGAAUCAGUUGAAGAACAUGAAGGAGAGACUGGAACAAUCUGACUCUACCAAUCGCAGCCUGCAGAAUUAUGUUCAGUUUCUCAAAGCUUCAUAUAGUAAUGUGUUUGGUGACUCUGUGCUAUCAAGSUCUCUACACACACACUUACCAAUCUGAUUGAAGAGUGUUAGCCUUAUAUUGUAUGAGUUGUGUACCAAUGAUUUGUUAUUUUCAGUAUAAAUGUACUGUAUACUGUUUAUCAAAUCUAUGAUCAAAUCUUAAAAUGAAAAUGGACUGUCAGACAUGUUUCACUCUUUCACAAACAACAAACUCACAACAUGAAUAAAAAAUGAAAUAUUUAUCCAA